AUGAUUCACGGUCAUUCACCAAAGAACGUUUACGAAAAGAGGGAAUUUGGUCAUCACGAUUACCCAGCACCAAUAACAACAACAACCACAACAAUUCCAACAACCUCAACCUCAACCUCAACCUCAACCUCAACACCAAACGCAACCACAUCAACCACAACCUCAACACCAAACGCAACCACACCAACCACAACCUCAACACCAAACGCAACCACAUCAACCACCACAUCAACCUCAACCUCAACCUCAACGCCAAACGCAACCACAUCAAUCACAGCAACCUCAACCUCAACCUCAACACCAAACGCAACCACAUCAACCACAUCAACCACAACAUCAACCACAACGAUAACCACAACACCAAACCCAUGCCCGAAUGGAGGCUCUCUUUUUCAAGGAUUGUGUCUAUCGUUUGUCUAUGGAAAUACGGAAAGCGGUUCUUGGGACGGAAGUUGGGACUCUGUAGCGAAUACUUGCCACAUCACAGGCGGCCAACUUAUUUCGAUCUACAACGAGGAGACGCAACAUAUUGUUAAAGCUAACAAUUUGAAACCUUUUUUGUUUUCAAAAGAUUUCAUUGAAGACGUUGAUCCAGGGAGUUUUGAAGCCUACUAUUGGAUUGGACUGCGUUAUGAUAAAAGCGUUGGACCGUCGGGAGCUACCGGUGUAUGGCAGGAUGGGAAUCACGUCAAAUGCGUGGACUUCAAUGAAAACAAACAAUACCAUAAUUAUAUCGGUUUUUUGUUAUGCUUUUCCGAGUUUUUCGCUGAUGAUUCCCUUUGUCUUGUGAUGUACAGGACGGGAGUCUGGCGGAAUUCGCCUUGCUGGGCUAAAAAUAGAAUAGGUGGCGUUUGCUGGCAUGGAAAA